GCCGGACGGAGCCCGCCGCAGCCGCCAUCCGCGCCGCACGCAGAGCAGCAGCGCGGGCGCGGCCCCUCCUCCCGCGCUUCUCGCAGCAACUCUGGGUUCGUCGGCCAAAUUGGCCUCGCUCGAGCCUAGGCACCUCGGCUUACUAAACCCUACGGUCUACGGCUCUUCCCAAAUCGACGCCUGGCCCCCGGCUCGACCCCCAAUGGCGUCGUUCCCGCCGCCGCACGUUCGUCCCACGCCCGUGACUCCGCCCCCCGCGCCACCGCCGCUGCUGCAGCAGCAGCCGCCUGGGUCAGCUCCGGCGGCUGCGACGCUCCUGGUGCGGCACCUUCCAGAGGCGAUCCCGCAGGAGAUGCUCUCCCGCCUCUUCUCCCACUACGGCGCCACAUCCGUCCGCCCCUGCGCCGGUGGAAAGUUGAGGAAUUGCGCAUUUGUCGAUUUUAGAGACGAAGUGGCAGCCAGUCAGGCACAGUCUCUACUGAACAGGUUGAGGUUCCUUGGGAAAGUUUUGAUAGUCGAGAGAGCAAACCAGCCAAAUUCAAAGAAUUCUAGCGAGAAGCAACACGAGCAAGCAGCACAUGGGACAUCGCAAGCGCCAAGUUUGAAUUCCUUAAACCAGAAGAAUCUCAUAUCUUCUUCUGAACCAAUUGCGCCUAGGCUUGGGGUGGACUAUCCAUUUCCUCCGCACCUUGAGUACGCAUAUCCCCCGCCAGAUGGAAACAUAUUGACAAAUAUAGUCAAUGCUCUAAUUGCUGUCCCCCGAUUUUACACCCAGGUGUUGCAUUUGAUGAAUAAGAUGAAUCUUCCAGCUCCAUUUCGAAUGGCCUUGCCUACUCCACCUCUACCAUCACAAGUGCCUGCUCCAGCACCACCACCACCACCUCCACAGCUUUCUGCAACAAAUAAACUUCAUUUGACUGAUUUAUCUAGUGAUGAGUCUGAGUUGGAAUCUUCUGAUGAGGAUGUUGAUAAAAGGAAAGUCAAACGCAUGAAGCAUGAGACUAUUGUUGGUCCUGCAGUUGAUAAAAGUAUUGCUCAUGAAGCAGUCGGUGUGAAACCUGCUGCAUUAGUUUCUAGUGAGCUUCAAGUGAUAAAGAAGAAAAAUCCAGUUCUGCAGAUAAAUAUUACUGCAAAGACUGCACAGAAGGAACUUACUGUUCAAAGUACUACUGACAAGGAAUUGGUGCCAACAGAUGAGCAGGUUGAAGAAAAACAUUUUGUCACACCUCAGGAUAUAGAAAAAGAGAAAUUACCCCCAGAGGAGAUUUUGUCCCUUCCUAUGUUCAAGAAUUACACACCAGGCAAUCCUGCCAGUGUGUUGUAUAUAAAGAACUUGGCAAAGGAUGUCAUUCAGGAUGACUUCUACUAUGUCUUUGGGUCUCUUUUUGAAAACAUGGAAAUUGCGAGAUCAAGUCUGAGCAUCAAGCUAAUGCAGGAGGGACGGAUGCGGGGCCAAGCAUUUGUGACAUUUCCAUCGGUUGAACUUGCUCAACGCGCACUGAGUCUAGUACAUGGUUGUGUGUUCAAAGGCAAACCAAUGAUUAUACAGUUUGGCAGAAACCCUGCUGCUAACAAAUCUUCCUAGGAGGAUUGCAUUCUUUCAGAUACUGAUGCACUUUUAAGUCAGUUAGGACUGGCAAAUGGCGACCAAUAUUGUGGGUGUUUCUUGAGACCUUUGGUGGUGGAAGGGCAGUGGCUGUUUCAAUCCAACGGACAACCAUGUUUUUCGGGUUGUGCUGCACUUGUAUUGUAAUGGUACAAUGUGGAAAGAACUGAACCGAUGUACAGAAGAGUGAAGAUUGAAGAGCAUCCUUAUUCAUCUAUGAUGCAGAUAAACUUUGUACAGAACCGUGUAGUGGUUCUAUUCUGCGGUCUGUAAAUGGUGGUUAUGGAAACAACUUGAGUGCCCUAUACUGUAAGCAUUUCUUUACUGAAUUCUGUGGGAGCAGACCAAUUAAUUCGAGAAUCGGACGAGAUUCCUGAGCGAGGUCAGAACUAGUGGAAUUUAAUAUUACGAGUGGAAAUCUAGUGGCAACACUUGUUUUAUGAUCUCUGUGGAAUCCAGGUCUAAAAUACUGCCUGUGUGUAAUGCAGUUAAAUUAUUUCAGGGAUGCUGCCUUUUGUUUUCUUGAG